CCCCUCCUAAACCACACUAUAGAAGAGCGGCUGGAGAGAAGACUUGUUCCUUAUUUGCAGACUUUUAAAAUAAUCGCACACACCGCUUGCAAAAGAUAAAGCGAGCGCAUCUCGUGUCGUCAGCUACUCUUGGGACUGGAAAUGGCAGAAGACCAUCAGGAAUCCCUAUUGCAGAGCCAGGUGUCUCUACCUGGAGAAGAGACCUCUCUGACAAUGCCGACCAGGCAAUCUUCUAGACGUGGUUGGAUGACUGGCUUCUUUGUUCUCCUUGCUGUUGGACUGAUUGCUGGCCAGGCUGUUACCGUCUACUUUGUCUUCACUCAGAAGGACCAAAUUAAAACUCUGCAAGACCACACUGACAUGUUGAAAAGCCAGUUGAGGCAGCAGCAGAAACAAGGCUCUGUUGUUCCCAGGAUGAUGCACAUGCCAAUGAUGAGCUUGCCUCUGCUAAUGGACGACACUGACGUCAAGCCAAAGAGCAGUCCUGCAAAGCGCCUUGAAGACACGGCCAUGGUGAGCAUUGAGCAGCAGGUGAAGGACCUACUGAAGCAAGACAACUUUCCAAACUUCAACAGCACCUUCCUAGAAAACCUCAACCUCAUAAAGAAACAAAUGAAUGAAACCGAUUGGGAGGGAUUUCAGUCUUGGAUGGGCAACUGGCUCCUGUUCCAGAGUGCUCAGAAGACUCCACCAAAGCCCACCACCCCUCCACAGCAGGAGAUCCCAGCCUCACAGGUGCAGACUAAAUGCCAACUGCAAGCCGGUGAGAAGUCCCGUCAUCUCGGUGUCUACCGCCCUCAGUGUGACCCUCAGGGUAACUUCACUCCCAAGCAGUGCUGGAGUGCUACUGGCUACUGCUGGUGUGUGGACAGUAAUGGCGACGAGAUCGCUGGAACUCGAACCCGGGAUCCUCUGGACUGCAACACUCAAUCACAGUAUGCACUGAAAGGACCCCGCAUGAUGGCCAUGCCCAGUCUGGCAAAGACCGUGCUGAUUCCAGAUAACUAAAGAAGAUAUAAUUGGAAGAAAUCCACAGCCUUCUAAUAUCAGCUUCUAAUGUACUUGACUUUUAGGCCAUGCAAUACUAAGGCAUUUUGAUUGCAGCUUCUAUCGUAAUAAUCAGCUUAAUAAUGAAGUUUUGAAGAGUUGCCAUUUAAACUUUUUCUUAUUAUUUUUUCAUAAAAGUGAAAUCUAAACGUGUAUCUGUAGUGAUUAUGAAUGUGUGCAUCACAGGGGCUCGGGGUAGGCUGGCAGAGUCAUAGAGCGGAGGGUGUAACUGGUAUGGGGGACCCCACUUAAUGGUUACAAGUGAGCAGUGAUGGAGGGAUUUGAGUAUCUCAAGCUAAAAACAGAACAGCGGACCUCUGAGACGAAUAAUCCUGAAGGCUUUGUGCUGGACGGGUUGUCUAAUUAAGGAAGAACAUUUCCUAGUAAGUAAGAAACACUGGUAAAUACAAAGAUCGAUCGAUGAUUUUAUUCAAAUGGAUGAUGACUUGUACAUUUUAAUAAAGGUGAUUGUAUUAUUUAAAGACAGUAAAGAAAAUAUAUUUUCUGAUUUAGUGAUUAUGAAUGUCUGCAUCAUAAGGGUUAGGGGUGGACUGGCAGAAGUAGGAUGGCAGAGUCAUAGAGUGGAUAAUGUAACUGGUAUGCGGGACCCCACUUAAUGAUUUCAAAUGAGCAGAGAUGGAGUGAUGGAGAAAAAAAACAAAGAAAAAACAAAAAAACUCCUUUGACUACCCCACCUUCAAAUAAUCAGUCAUUCCUGCAGGGUCUUUUUGUAAAAAUAUCAUUUAUUAAUUUUUCUUUAUAAUAUAUAUUUUUGUAAUAAAACAAUGUGCAAAGUCGGCAUGCCAAAAAUCACAAUGUUUUACAAGAGAGUGUUCAAUUGGUGCAGAGCGCCUUUCUCACCAUGGGACGUGACGACUUCUACUUUGCUGUCAAAGACCCCGAGUGGUGUCCAGAGAGCCCCCGAUACACCAAACAGGCCGUCAAGUCCAACAAACAAAAUAGAAAAAGUGAACACCAGAGCCGAAGAGAAGGGAGGUCAAUGUGAGCGCAUGAAUCCCGAAACUGGUGCCCUCGUUUAUAAGUUUUUAAGUUUUCUUGAAGUGUUGUCGUCACAUUCUUGUCUUUGGGUGGCACCACACCAAGGAGCGGGUCUAAACGGGCAUUCAGAGCUGAAAAGAAUCUUCUCUGCCGACACAUUUAAAUUGGCUCAACUUCUCGAGGUGUUCACACAAACAGAGAAAAGUUCACGCGUGUCUACUGGCGCUCACAAAUAAAAUCACAAAUGAAGGCCACCACUUCGGAGGGGUGCGGCUGAGGAUUUUAACAACUUGUUUGAUUUUCCUUUCCUGAAUUUUUGCAGGUAUUGUGUAAUUUUCCAUUUUAAGAUAAAAACAGAAAGUCCAUUUAAAGAACGCAGCAUUCAUUAGGGACAAAAGCUGUGACAUUAUUUUUGACAAAUAUGGGAAACUUUACUGGUUUGUGAAAAGAAGUGUGUAGGAGAAAGUCUGAUUGACUAUUUAGCAGUUAAACAAAUACAAGUUUGUAAAGAAAAGGUUACGGUAAUAUUAAGUGAACAAUAUUUAAAAAUAUUAAUGAUAGCUAAACAAAUACAUAAAGUGUGCAAGUGGCAAACUAAUAUUAGAAGUGAGGAAUAAAGAAAACUGCAUUAACAAUUACCAGAGGCAGGGAACAUAUUUACUUUUACUUAAUAUUAUUCUUAAUAUUUACUUCUAUUUAAAUGCAUGUUUAUAAUUGUUGUUGCUCUAUUUCACUCUAUACAGUAUAAGCGUGUGUGAUAACUUUUUUUAGCUGAAGAAUUGUACCAGUAAAAACAUAAGAUGUAACAAAUCUGAGAGGUGCUGGUGUUUGGUGGCUGUCCAAUAAAAUGAAAUUCUACAUAAA